UCCUGUUCCACGGGAGCGAAUAUACCCGGAAGAAAUGCGUUGCGCCGGCCUUGGACUUCCUUUUCGUCGACAACCCAGGUCUAGGGCACAAUGGGUCGCGUCAUCAGAGGCCAGAGGAAGGGUGCUGGGUCGGUCUUCAAAGCUCACGUCAAGCACAGGAAGGGUGCAGCAAAGCUCCGAUCCAUUGACUUUGCUGAGCGUCAUGGCUACAUCAAGGGGAUUGUGAAGGAUAUCAUUCAUGAUCCCGGCCGUGGGGCCCCCUUGGCCAAGGUGGUCUUCCGGGACCCUUACCGGUUCAAGAAGAGGAUGGAGCUCUUUGUGGCAGCCGAGGGCAUCCACACCGGCCAGUUCAUCUACUGCGGGAAGAAGGCUCAGCUCAACAUUGGGAAUGUGCUCCCAGUGGGCACCAUGCCCGAGGGUACCAUUGUGUGCUGCCUGGAAGAGAAGCCAGGUGACCGUGGCAAGCUAGCCCGUGCUUCUGGAAACUACGCCACUGUCAUCUCCCACAACCCCGAAACAAAGAAAUCCCGAGUGAAGCUUCCCUCCGGAUCCAAGAAGGUCAUCUCCUCGGCCAACAGAGCUAUUGUUGGUAUUGUUGCUGGUGGUGGUCGUAUUGACAAGCCCAUCCUGAAGGCAGGCCGUGCCUACCACAAGUACAAGGCCAAGAGGAACUGCUGGCCUCGUGUCCGUGGUGUGGCUAUGAAUCCUGUUGAACAUCCCUUCGGUGGUGGUAACCAUCAGCACAUCGGCAAGCCCUCCACCAUCAGGAGGGACGCCCCUGCUGGGCGUAAGGUCGGUCUCAUCGCUGCCCGUCGUACUGGCAGACUGCGUGGAACAAAGACCGUCCAGGAGAAGGAAAACUAAAUUGCAGUGCUUCAUAAUAAAAUAUAAAAAAAAAUCA